UUCCAAAGCGCCGCCACCUUCAGCAUGUCUGCCAACGUCGCGGGAGCCGUGGCAGCGGUCGCCCUCUGGGUCGCCAUCUUUCUGCUGUGGGUGCAGCCUUGCCAGGCGCGCAUCCCGCCCAACUAUGUCAGCUCGCGGCGCGGCGAUCCGCACUUCGGCCGCGCGUACCGGGAGGUGAGCCGCUGGUUCUGGCGCUACGUGGACGCCGAGCGCGGCCGGCUCGACUCGAUCCGGCGCCGGCUGGACCGGCUCGAGGUGGCGCAGCGCUCGUACGACGGCGUCGACCCCGAGCAGUACUUGGGACUGCCCAUGAACGCGUUCCUGCUCAUCAAGCGGCUCGCCAGGGACUACGUGCAAGUGCUCGAGGAGGCCAGGGACGACACCAACGCAAAGCUGCUGCUCGCCAUGCGGCCGGGAGGCAAGAGGGCCAGGCGAUACCAGUUUCCGAGCAAGAAGGACGUCUCCAAGGCGGCCCAUGCCGUGCUUGAGUUUCAGAAGAACCAGGGAUACACUGCCAAGCAGAUCGCCGACGGUCUGGCCGCCGAGCCCAACUCGUCCUUGUACAACUUCCAGAUGACGGCGAGAGACUGCUUCCACCUCGGCGUGGCCGCCAGCGAAGCUGAGGACGGCGAGAGCACCCAGGAGUGGAUGCUCGAGGCGCUCGACCGAGCCGCUGAUGGCACGGUGGACGCCGCCGCCGCCAAGGAGUACCUGGCCUACGGCUACUUCCUGGAGGGCGACUACCAAAGUGCCGCCGACACUAACAACCAGCUGCUCGAAGAGGACCCGAGCAAUAUGAGGGCGUUUCUCAACAUGGAGUUCUACCAGGAAGGCGGGCCGGGUCACUGCUAUGCCUCGCCUGCCACGCUUCUCGAGAUGACGCUGUUCAAAAAACUCACGCAUCCCGCACGAACGGACAAAACCUGCACGCGGCUUAGAAGUGCGCGGCAAAACACCUACGAAGGGCAAGUAUACCGGGAGCAAGUGGUCCGGGAGCCGACCACGAUCGUCUUCCACAAAAUUCUAUCAUCUACGGAAACGUCUGCGCUGCGGCGCGUAAGCGCGGCCGACGGUGUCGUGGUCAGCGGGCCCUCCGACCACACUCUCCGAGAGCUGACCCGGAAACUGGAGGAAGUCACGGACAUGAAAGUGCUCGCUUCGAAGAUACCCUGGAAACAGCUGGUCUCGUACUGCCAAGAGCACACGUGGCUAAACCCGGGUAACAACCUUCGCUCGAAACCAUUUGCCACGUGGUGGGUGUUCACGGGCCCCGGAGUUCUCGGCGGACUGGACAGGUCUCUUUUCCCACAAGUCAUUCUUGACUCUGGGAUGGCGCUGUUGCGCUACCACGUGAUGAGCGAUGGGACGCGAGACCGCGAGCCCAUCCCGUACUCGUGCCGUAGCGACAACGUGACCAUCUUCUACAAGCACAUCAUGCUUGAGGACCAGCGCGUCUUGUGCCAAGCAUCCUCCGGCGGCGCGUGCGACAGGUACGCACUGCGGCCCUGAGUCGCUGUGUGUGCGCUGAUUCAGCUCAGUCUGUUGUACGUCUUGUGAAUAAAACGUCACUCAAGACUGCGCACAAUUGCUGGA